AUGAUGGAGAAAGCUGCACUGCUGCUGUUUUAUUGCCUGUUCAUAUCUACUUCAGGAUCCCCACUCUACCCCUCCAUCAAGUUUGGCCAGAGGGACACAUCCAUUCUGUUGACAUCUUCUCUAAAAAAUCCAGAGCAACUGGAGGACACGAGUUCUGCCCAAGAGAGAACAGAGAUACGUUUGGGCCGCCAUGCAGAUGCCAUCUUUACGAACAGUUACAGAAAAGUGUUGGGCCAAAUCUCUGCCAGGAAGUUCCUACAGACCAUCAUGGGCAAACGUCUCGGAGAUGAAAGUGAGAGUUAUGUGAAACGUCAGUCAGAUGUCUAUGAGGGAACAUACAAAGAAGAUCUGACAUCUAUCCAACGUAAUCAGAGAUACAGAGGACUUCAUGAAAUGCCAUGA